GGCGGCGGGGCCGCACGCGGGAGCCUAGGCAGGGGCCGGGAGAGACGAGGGGGCAGGUUAAACAAGGCCGGAAGACGCAGACGCAGGCGAGGCGAGGCCCCGCUCUGGAGGCGCCAGGCGGCGCUGUAAGCUGCGAAAGCGGAGCCACCCCCCACCGCCGCUGCCCUUUGCCUCCCGGCGGCGGCGGCGGCGCGGAAAUCAAAUUUCGGCGCCUGGCCGGGCCCUCAGCGCCGUCGCCGCCAGCCCGGGCCGGCCUCCCGGCUCCAGCGGGAAGGAGGCAACAUGUCCAAGAAAAGGGGACUGAGUGUUGAAGAGAAGAGAACUCGUAUGAUGGAAAUAUUUUUUGAAACAAAAGAUGUGUUCCAAUUAAAGGAUAUGGAGAAGAUUGCUCCCAAAGAGAAAGGAAUUACUGCAAUGUCAGUAAAGGAGAUCCUGCAAAGUUUAGUUGAUGAUGGUAUGGUGGACACCGAUAGGAUUGGAACUUCCAAUUAUUUUUGGGCUUUUCCAAGUAAAGCUCUUCAUGCCAGGAAGCGUAAAUUGGAAGCACUGGAGACUCAGUUGGCCGAAAGUAGCCAGAAGAAAGAGAGGUUACAGCAAAGCAUUGAGAAAUCAAAAAUCGGACGCCAAGAGACUGCAGAACGUGCUGCACUAAUGAAGGAACUUGCUGCUCUCCGGCAGAAAAAAGAGCACCUAAAAGCAGAAAUAGAGAAAUACAAAGAAUGUGAUCCAGAUGUUGUUGAAGAAAUCUGUCAAGCAAACAAAGUCGCCAAGGAGGCAGCCAACAGAUGGACUGGUGACCUUGCUGGCUGAGCAUACCCUGGCCUAAGGAGAAUAUGUAUGCAGUCACUGAUACAGGAGAUAUAGAAACUGCAGUGUCAAAAGAACUCUCUUGGUGCUGCAGCCUUUCCCAGAGAGAAUUACAACCCUUUCCUGAAAAUACCAUGGAGAAAUGCUUAAUGGAGCUGGAGGUGGCAGACUUGUCUGAUCCAUGUGUAGCCCCCAGAGCUCUGAAAGCUUCCUGUUGCCAGGGUCCCCAGAGUGGUGGCGACAUGGUUAGGGCACAACUCCUUUGUGUCUGGCUCAUCCAAAUCCUUCUCUGAAGUGUAAUGAAAAUUAAAUUAAAUCUGAACAUGAAGAGUAAUUUGUUAACUCCGUGAACUGCACUCAUAGCCUGUAGGCCUUAUGGCAAGCCUGAUCCUGCAGGAGGCCUGAGCCUUGGGGGGCAGAGGACACCUUUUUUCUUCCUCCCCUCUCUCUCUCUCUUCCAUAGCCAUUUAUGGUACCUCAUAUAGCUGCACUGUGAAUGACCGCAUACUGUCAUGUAAUAAACCCAAUGCAGUGCAUCAGUGAAGCAACAGUGGAUGCUGGGAUCCCUCCAUUUGCUCCUUCAAACAUGAUGAUUAAUGGGGAUAUGCAGUGCACAGUGAGGUUCCAAAGGCUCGGUGUCCACUUGUGCCCAAGUGCAGUUGUUUAAAAUUCCACGGGUAGAUGCUGAUUUUUUUGGACAUCCCUUCAUACUUCCUUCCUGGCAAGUGCAACAAUAACUGGGUGUUCCUUACAUUCCAGUUGCACCUUUGAUAGAAAAUAAGGAGCACAGUUAACUUUUGCACCUCUUUCUGCAGCACAAAACAGUGACUAGAGGCACAAACCUUUUUACUGUUUUCCCAGGUCAGUAGUAAGUCUCCCAAACACAAAUUAAUAAGCCUUACAGCAGGUUAUGAAAGUGCUCUAUUGUGCCAAAAACUUACUGGUGUCUCCCCAGAACUCUGAGCAUAAUCAGAGAAAAUGUCAGCACUGCUUGAAACAGCGUGGUAUCAGUGAUGGGGCCCUGUAGUUGAAACUCUGAUUGGAUUCUGUUUUGAAGGAGGAUCAACUUGACUCAAAGGAUGAUCUUUCCAACCAGUUCCUUUUCUAUGUGUUUCUGAGCAGGUUACCCACAAAGGAGCAUAGUGGGACUAAGUCAGCUGUUAGUUCCGUUCAGGGAUUAAUAGUUUAUACUCUCUAGAGUCUGAGGAGCUUGCAGACAUGUCAUUUUCAGACUUGGUGUGUCAUUUCCCUAGAGGGAGACUCUGAUCUCUCCUGCAAGUGUCUUGACAAUUGAACCUAGGGACAGGCAUCAUUUUCAUAGUCUGGACUCUCAUGCUUGGUUUUUUCAUUAUGUUAUGUGAUACGACACAGUGAUAUGUCACUGUAUCAACACUUUUUGCUUAAAAUAUUAAAUUGAGGCAUCUGUCUGAAUAUUCUUUGAAGACCAGCCUAUUGAGUAGCUUUAUAUAGAUUUCUCAUUUUGUUUCCCAUUCUAUUAGCUAUACUAUCAUGUUUAAGCUUAAAUCUUCCAUAACAAAGAAGCUGUCUAGAAAUGUAUUAUUUUUAAUUUAAAGCCCUUUUUUCAUUUUAACUCUGUGAAAACAUUGGGUUUUAAUUUUAAUAGUCUUGUAUUUUAGGUAGCUAAAAUUGGGGUGCAACAAAGUUCUCAAUCAGUCUUUGAGAAGUUAA